CUAUAAUAAUUGCAUUUUCAUGUUGUGUGUACUGUGGGAGACCAGAUAUAGUGAAUGCAGGGUCCAGGGAGACCAGAUAUAGUGAAUGCAGGGUCCGGGGAAAACCAGAUAUAGUGAAUGCAGGGUCCGGGGAGACCGGAUAUAGUGAAUGCAGGGUCCGGGGAGACCAGAUAUAGUGAAUGCAGGGCCCAGGGGGACCAGAUAUAAUGAAUGCAGGGUCCGGGGGGACCAGAUAUAGUGAAAUGCAGGGUCCAGGGAGACCAGAUAUAGUGAAUGCAGGGUCCGGGCAGACCAGAUAUAGUGGAUAUGCAGGGUCCGGGGAGACCAGAUAUAGUGAAUGCAGGGUCUGGGGAGACCAGAUAUAGUGAAUGCAGGGUCCGGGG